AUGAGAGAGAUAAUCUACAUACAAGCUGGUUCAUUCGCGAACUACACCGGUACACAUUUUUGGAACACACAAGAGAGCUACUUCACGUAUGCGGGCGACGAUAGGCGAGCAGAUAGCGAAGCUGCGGAGGGCGAAGAACCAGUGGUAGAUCAUGCCAUAUCUUUCAAGGAAGGAAAGGAUCCUUAUGGCCAACCUUCCCUCUGCCCGCGGCUGCUCGCUUUUGACUUCAAAAGCAACUUUGGAACACUCUCAUCAACCACCAACGACGACAACGACAACGAUGACACCGAUGGUGGCCUUACGUCGACAUGGGGCGGCCCGAUUGCACAGAUCAAGAAGCAGCGCGUGGAGAAGAGCGCGUACCAUCGAAUGCUGGAUGAAGAAGGAGAACACGAAACCGAGGCUGUGGCUAACACCAACGCGACUAGUCAUCGAAAGAUGCAUCCAGCCAAUGACCAGGGGAAGGCUCAGAAGGCACAAGACGCGGGAGAGAUACGGUACUGGUCAGACUUCAACCGCGUGUACUUCGAUCCGCGGACAGUUCAGGGUAUUCCUGGAGGGCUUGAAGGUACGGAGGGUGACUGGGAUGGCGGGCGCGAAGUGUUUGCAAGAUACAACGAGGAAACCGAGCUGAUGGAUGGUGCACUGCGUCUGUUCGCGGAGGAGUGCGAUAGCUUGCAGGGCCUUCAAAUGAUCCAUGAUACAUCGACAUUCGGCGGUUUCACUAGCGCAUUCCUCAACGCGUUCCGGGAUGAAUAUCCCAAGUUGUCUAUCCUCUCCUUUCCAGUCUUGUCUGAGGUUGACCCGAUAGCUGGUGGGCCUUCGCCAGAAUCAACCCGUCAUCUACUCAGUGACACACUCUCCCUCCGGGACCUCAGCGAGCUGUGUGACCUCUCCAUCCCUGUACAGGGCGCGUCGCGGUGGCCAAAUUCAAAUAACCCCAAUUUGUGCUUCGACCCCCAGCGCAUAUACGAAGCUUCUGCUGUGUUGUCAGCCCAUAUAGAGACUGCCACACUUCCACUUAGGCUGAAACAAGCUAACGAAGACAUCUCGUCGAUUAUCGCGCAUCUCAAUUGGCGUCAACGAGUACCGUUCGCUGAGCUUCUCGGGUCGCUUCCUCUUUCGGAGCCCGCGUCGGACAAGGACUUCCAGAAGGGACUUGUCAACUUCACCACUGCUCAAAAGUACUCGCACGAUGAGUACAUCCUCGCCAGGCGAGACACCACACGUGGCCUGAACGCCUCUGCCCGAUCGCUUUACGAGACUUGGUGCGAGCCGCAUCCGCCACCCUAUACCGUGUCUACACACGCGCCGGCCUACCCGCUUCCGACAUCCUUCCCCGCUAUAAUCCAGCCUCCGUCACCUAAUCGGCGUGAAACGAUGGCGCUGGCAUGUUUACGCUCCGCACCUGGCUCGGCGCGGAUUGUACGAGACUACGCCGGCUUUGCGAACAGGCUUUGGAGAAGUGGUGCGGUCGUGGGCAUUGAGCGGGAUGAACUAAGAGAGAUCGGGAACGAGCUGAACGUCAUUGGAGAGGGCUAUGAGUGGGAAGGAUACGCGGACGGCCAGGACGGAGGGGAUGGAGAUGGACUCGGCGAGGACGAAUAA